CAAAGUUGAAGUACGUAUUACGGAUGUAUUUCAAUUGCUUGUUAUUCUGUUGAUAUUGGUACAGAAUAUAUGGCCUGACGAAUCUGGUCAAAAAUGAAAGUCAAACAGUUGUCAACAGUUAUAACUAUAUUAUCGUUAAUAGAUUAUAGUUUAGCGUUAAAUGUUUGUAGAGAUACAGACAACAGCAACUGUCAAUCAUGUGGUGAUACUUUAUAUCCUAGAGAUCCGUUUUAUAGACAGAACUGUAUGAGAUCAUGUGGUGUUUGUACAGAUACUAACAUUGCUCGUGGCAAACCAACAGUCCAGAGUUCAACAUUGAAUUCUGGAUCAAAUUCACGUAAUGCUGUAGAUGGUAAUACUGAUAAUAUCUUUGUUAAGUCUAGCUGUACACAUACACGUAUUGAUAGCCCUAGUUGGUGGUGUGUUGAUCUACAACAGAUUUAUAAUAUUGACAGCAUAAAACUAUUUAAUAGAGACAGAAAUAAAGAGAGAUUACAGGGAUUUGAGAUUAAGACAAGUUCUAGUGGCACAUGUGAUUGGUCAGGAUUUCAGUCAGCUACAUCAUGUUAUAAAGAUACAACAACAACAAUACAAGAUAUAUAUACAAUAGAUAGAUGUAAUCAACUUACAUCAACUAGUAUAUCUGCUAGAACAGUAUAUGUCACUGUUUCAAGUCAACAACUUACUUUAUGUGAAGUUCAAAUAUUUUCUGAUACACCCACAGUCAAUGUUGCUCUUCGUCAACAAUCAGUACAACAGAGUUCUACAAACCAUGGUGGUGUCGCUACUAGAGCUGUAGAUGGUAAUACUAAUAGUGAUUUUAAUAUUGGUCAGUCAUGUACUCAUACAACAGAAAGACAGUCUGGUUGGUGGUGUGGUGAUUUACAACAAUUGUAUUAUUUCAACCAAAUUAAUAUAUACAACAUACAGAACAGAAACUUCUGGGGGAGAUUACAAAGAUUUGAGAUAAAGACAAGUUCUAGUGGUCAGUGUAGUGGACAAGGAUUUCAAUCAGCUACAUCAUGUUAUAAAGAUAGAACAACAACAAUACAGUCUGUUUAUACUGUAACUGGAUGUAAUCAAGGUUCAUCUACAUCAUUUUCUGGUAGAACUGUCUAUGUCACAAGCCUUAACGACGCCCUGGAAAUGUGUGAAGUUGAAAUAUUUGCAGAUCUAGCACAAUGUAAUACUGGUUACUACAAUACAUCACGUUCUACAUGUCAACCAUGUAAUAAAUGCCUUAAUAACAGAUGUGAUCCUACUACUGGUGUUUGUACUGCAGAUUGUAAAACAGGUUUUUAUGGUACAAGAUGUCAACAGAACUGUAAUGAUGGUUGUUUAAACAACCAAUGUUCUAAAUCUGAUGGUAGAUGUAAUGACUGUAAACCUGAUACAGUUGGUCUAUACUGUAACCUAACAUGUGGCACAGAAUGUCAACCAAGAUCAGAUGAGAUCAGUGUCUCUUGUGAUAGAAAUGGUAGAUGUACUAACUGUAUUGUAGGAAGAUAUGGUAACAAUUGUGAUAUGAACUGUAGUAUAGGAUGUGAUGGUGGAUGUGAUAGAGGUACUGGUAGAUGUACUAACUGUCAUAUAGGAAGAUAUGGUAAUGGAUGUGAGUUGAACUGUAGUACAGGAUGUGAUGGUGGAUGUGGUAGAACUGAUGGUAAAUGUACAUCUUGUAUUGAAGGUAAAACUGGAGAAAGGUGUGGUCCCAACUGUAAUAAUAAUUGUACUGUUUGUAAUCAGAAUGACGCUAGCUCUUGUACUGAAUGUAAAGAUGGAAGAUGGGGAUCAUCAUGUAAUGAACUAUGUAAUACUAACUGUAAAUCAGCAGUUGAUACAACUGUUGGUAAAUGUAAUAUAACAAGUGGAUUAUGUACUGAUGGAUGUAAAACAGGAUUAUAUGGUAUAGAUUGUAAUAAUGAUUGUCGGUCUAACUGUAAAGAUGGUUUAUGUGAUCAGAUGACAGGAAAUUGUAAAAGUGGAUGUUUACCUGGUAAAAUAGGAUCGAGCUGUACAGCAGACUGUGAAGAAGGUCUUUAUGGUGAAAACUGUGAAAGUAAAUGCGGUAACUGUGCUGAUGGAACACCAUGUGAUAUAAUUACUGGUAGUUGUGGUCUUGUUGGUUGUGUUGAUGGUUUCCAAGGUCCAAUUUGUAAUGAUCCACAAGAACCAGACAAUUAUACGACAAUAAUAGCUGCUGUAGUGUCAGCCGUGGUUGCUGUUAUUAUCGCUUCUGUUGUCAUCUUUCUAGUCCUAAAAUGUAGAAGGCGACAAAAAUCGACGAAAUCCGGCAAAGUAGAAGUGAACGAUAUACCACUAAAUGAUAAAACUGAUAUAUCAAGACCUUCAGAAAAAACAGUUAACGUGGAAGAGAAGCCUAUUGAGAGUAGAAAUACAUAUGUUAAUCAGUUAGGCUCUUCCAACAAACUAGAAGUUGAUGAACAAUCAACACAAGUUUAUGUAAACGUUGAUAAACCAAGUGAACCCUCUACACGUGUUAAAUUGACCAAUCUGCUGCCAUAUAUCAAGUCCAAAAAAAGAGAAAAAACCUUCAAAAUUGAAUAUCAGACUCUUCCAAGUGGACUAUGUUCAGCAUAUGAUUAUUGUAUGAAUGCUGUUAAUAAGCCUAAAAAUAGAUAUAAAAACAUAUGUGCUUUUGAUCAUUCAAGGGUUAAACUGGAUAUAGAAAACGAUGACCCUAAUUCUGAUUACAUCAAUGCUUGUUAUAUAACUGGAUAUGCAAAUUCUGAAAACAAAUAUAUCGCUUCACAAGGUCCGAUUGAUGUUAUUAUUAAAGAGUUUUUGCGAUUAUUGUGGGUUUCACAGACUGGAAAGAUUGUUAUGUUGACCAACCUGGUUGAAAUGGGAACUGAAAAAUGUUUCAAGUAUUGGCCGGACAGUGGCGAGGAAAUGAAGUUUGGUCAAAUAUCCAUGACAGUGGUUAAUGAAGAGAACUUUUCUCACUUCACAAUUAGAACUCUCAAAAUCUCAAAAGAUGACUGUGGAUCUAGAACCAUUAAACAAUACCAUUUUACAUCAUGGCCUGAUAAAGGUGUUCCUACUGAUAUUGCGUCAUUGCUUGAAUUCAGAAGUAGAGUGAUUAAAGCGGCAUCACCACAUCCUGGACCAAUGGUGGUACACUGCAGUGCUGGUAUUGGACGAACAGGAACUUUUAUAGGUUUAGAUUAUCUGAUAGAAGAAGCUAGAGCAGAAGGUUCUGUAGAUAUCUAUGAAUGUGUUAAACAGAUGAGAUAUGAACGAGUUAACAUGGUCCAGGCAUGGGAACAAUAUGUAUUUCUACAUGAUGCUUUAGCUGAAUGGUAUAUAGCUGGAGAAAUUACAUUUCCUGUGACGUCUUAUCAAAAGGACUAUCAGACGUUACUGAAAGUCAAUAAAACGUCUGGUAAAUCACAGCUUCAAGAACGAUUUGAGAUGCUUAAUGACGUGUGUCCGCCACAAAGAGCAACUGAUUGUUCAGUAGCUUUAUCAGAAGAAAACGAAAAUAAGAACAGAGAUCUGGCAAUACUAGCGUCCGAUAAAGUUCGACUAUGUUUAUCAAAACCACAGACCACAGAUUAUAUCAAUGCUUUAUUUUUAUCGAGUUAUAAAAAGAAACGUGCUUAUAUAUUGACCCAAACACCUUUACCAAAUACAGUGAUAGAUUUCUGGACGAUGGUUGUAGAACAAGACGUUACUACAAUAGUUAAUAUGGAUAUUACAGAAACAGGAAAGGAUAUUGGACAAUAUGUACCAGGAAUUGAGGAACUGAACUGUGGACCAUAUACUAUUACUAGAACAGAUGAAACAGAAUAUGAGAAUACAAUUUAUUCCAUGGUGACCUGUUCAAUUAAAAGUGAAACAGAUGAUAACCUACAACGAACAAUCAGAAUUUAUCAGUGCAAUUUCUGGAAUGCACAGAAGGGGGCACCAACGUCUGCUGGGCCAAUAUUUACUCUCUUAGAAGAUAUAAAAACAUGGUCUCAAGAACAUGAAGAUGGUCCUAUCAUAGUUCAUUGUCUCAAUGGUGUAGAGAAAUCGAGUGUAUUCUGUGUUCUAGCAGCUAUAUUAGAAAGAUUAACUAUAGAACAAGAUGUCAGUAUUUUACAGACUUUAGUUCAACUACGAGUUUCUAGACCUCAGAUUAUCACAUCAUUUGAGCAGUUAAAAUUUUGUUUUGAUGCAGUCGGUGAAUAUCUAGAUGAGUUUGCUGUUUAUGCCAAUUCCUGCUAAUAUAUAUAUAUAUAUAUAUAUAUAUAUAUAUGUCAAUUCCUACAUAAGUUUAUAUCAGUUAUUGUUUUAAAAAUAAUAUUGUACUUCUAUUGUACUUCUAUUGUUACUGAAAAUGUAUACAUAUAAUUUUGUAAACAUGUAUUUUAAUAUAACCCACAUAUCUCAUUUAUAUUUCAUAAUUAUGUAUAUUAUACUUCUAUUGUCAUUUAAAGUGUAUAUAAUAUUCUUAACGUCUAUCUUAUAAUAUGUCAUAUUUCAUAUAUAUUUCAUAAUUAUGCAUAUUACCCAUUAUACUUCUAUUGUCAUCUAAUUUGUAUAUAAUAUUAUAAACGUCCAUAAUUCACCUGUAGGUUUAUAUAAAACGUAUAUAAUAUUCUAAACGUGUAUCUUUCUUGGGUAGUAACUAAAAAUAUUGUUGCUUGAUGAACUAGUCCCUUAAUCCCAAUGUGUACGCCCACUUCCUAAAACGGUAUGGUUAAUAUAAAGACGAAUGCCUUUGAAAUGAAAAUAUUCAGAUUUGGUUGAUAGAGGCUUCUAUUAAGACAACCCACAAAUAAAAUUCAGUAAAUUCCCAAAAUGUUAUGUUUGACCAACAUCUAGGCGAUCCUAUCACUUUUAUAUCAAAUUGAAUUAACUAAGCUGUUUAAAUUGCAUUUGGUAGUAUUAGGUAAAAUGUGUUUUCGUACGUGAUUGUGAUCCAGGACAGAGUUCGGGGUAUAAUUUUUGAAAAAGUGGUGGGAUUGUCCUUUACGAUUUAUGGAAGAAGCCUAUCGAUUUCAAAAUUCUCUGAUCGAACGCGCUUUUAAUCAUUUGAGCGGAAUACAUGCCAAUGUGCUCAGUGUGUUUUUUUAUAUCCUUUUGAAAAAAUAAAUUAUAUCUGGUUGGGAUUAUUAAUGUGGCAUUUCGGUUGAUUUACUGCGGAGGCAUUUCAGCGCAUUGUUAAUUUGGUCACAUUUGGCAUCAUAAAAUUUAUACGCGCGAUAGUCCUAGAUAAUUUAAAACGAAUAUGCUCUAAAGUUUAUAGUUUUGUUUUUUAUUCUUCUUUGAAAAGUAAAGUUUUAUAUCUUCUUCGGAUAAUUUACUUGAUUGACUAUUUUUAUAAAUAGUAUUCUUAUGUAAUUCUUAUUUUAGUUGAUAAUAUAUAUUUUUUUGAAACACAAUAUUCCAAUUAUCUAUACUAAUUAACUGAAUUAUUAAAAAUCGUUUUGUAUUUUAUACUCUUCCUAUAUUUUAUAGGUGAUCACGUGGCUAAGUGGGUAAGGCGCUGGCUCGCUAGCCUGGGGGUCGGGUGUUCGAUCCCUGCAUUGACCGAGAAAGUUCAUCCAGAUUUUCCGGCGUGGUCCCCCCUUGUCAGUGAUGCAGGACGGAGGGCCUGACAAGGACAGCUGUCUAGUCCUUCGGAUGAGUCGAAAAACCGAGGUCCCGUGUAUAUAUUGGAAUGCACGUUAAAGAUCCCCUGGCAGUUGGAAUUCGAUAUAAGAGUAGGCGAUAGUGCCGCUGCCCGGGCAAAAUGUAUGGCGUAUGCCCGUCUUCAUUAGCCCAGGUUAGGAGCAGAACAUUUCUAUAUUUUAUACUAUUUUAAAUUGAUACAUUUUAUAAUUUGUUCUAAGUAAAUACAUUCAGUGAUAAUGUUAGAAUUUAUCUUUUCUAUAUUUUAUACCAUUUUAUUUGAUAUACUAUUUAAAAAUUUGUAUUUUAAAUAAAUGCAUUCAAGGAUAA